UCUCUCUUGAGACUUUGGCCCGUAUGGCGUAUGCUUAGGCCCAAAUAACUCUCCUCAUUUUAAUUUCAUUUCAAGGAGUGAAGAACAGAAUAGUUUCUGGGUUGCUUGCAGAAUCGAUGAACAAGAAGAUGAAGAAGAAUAAUGAUCAAAAAGGUGGAAAUGCGAUAUUGAACGUAUCACCAUUGAAAGCUCUUGCUCUUCAUGUAAUAUGUGGACUAGGGUUAGCUUUAGCUUUCUGGGUACCUAAUCACACCUACUCUCGAGAUCUCAUCACGCAUCCAUCUCAAACACUUCGUCUGAUUUCGGUGUUCCUGGCUCCACUCGUGAUUCUCCUGUACAGUCACCUUCGCCACGAUACGAGCCAAUGCUCUUAUGUCAAAGCUGUAGGCCGAGGCUUGCUAGCGCUUCCUGCCGGAGCCGUAGUAAAUGCGCUCGGAGCUACUAUAUUAGGAGCACCUGUUGUCUAUGAGUAUUUCCCCAAGACCCUUAGUUGGUCUCUUCUGAUGUCACUACUCACUUUUGUACCAGCGGCGUGUGUUUUUGGCUCAUCAUGGACUGAUUGGCACCGAAUAUUUGCUAGAACAAAGGCAAAUGAGUCCACAGACUAUAUGAUCUGUCUACCUGCUCACGGAGCUGUUAUUGGAGCAUGGUUUGGUGCUUGGCCAAUGCCACUUGAUUGGGAAAGCCCGUGGCAGACCUCUGCACGGGGUUGGGAAAUGUUUUUGCAAGUGAUUUAUUCUCAUUCACGGGCAAUUGGUAUUUGCAUGUAGGAAUGGCCUAUUUGUGUGACUUAUGGAGCUAUAACUGGUUACCUCGUGGGGCUUGUGGCAUCUUUGGGCUGCAUUUUCUUCCGUAACCAUCACCAGCAUCUAAAAGAAGAGUAGUGUCUGGCUUCUGAGAAUUAGAAGGCUCAUGAUACUACAAUAAUAGUCUUGGGACGAAAUUAGGACCUUUAUUAUUCAGCUGCAUAGUAAUAUGAUAUCCAAUUUUGAUAUCUCCCUAAAUUCGUACCUUUUUUUUUUAUAAAGAGUAUAGUUCAUUUUUUUAGGAGUAAUUUCUUUGGCAAAUUGUGAAAAGACGUUCAAUAGGAGAUAAUAAAGUUUCUACAGAAGAAUAAUUUUUGCAAUAUUUUAAAAAAAUUCUGUCCGUUAACUUUAAUAUUAUUGAUUUGUAAAUUCAACACUUA